CUUAAUUAUAUUUUGUGUUAUUUAAACCGCGCACGGGCACGGCUGAAUAAAAAAAAAUAAUUAUAUUGUUUAAGAAAUUAUUUAUAAUUUUAAACGUUCAACGUUAACAUUUCGAAGAAAACAUGUAUUAAUUUUAAAACGAAACCAAGAAAAUAAAAAUAUUUUCUGUCAUCAUGCGUGAUGUUUGUGAAACUAAAUAAUAAAUGCAAGUGUGGAAUAAUUCCAAAGAGAAUUCAGUUCCAUAACACUGACUCCAAACAAUACAAAAUGGAUUUCUAAAAAAGAUAAUACCAUUAAUAAACCGAUAUCACUCACUUCUACAAACGACGACCACUAAUCAACACUCCCGGAUAAUGCAAUCGUCAAACACUUUAGUUCUUAGCAACUAAAUGUUUUAGUCAAUCAACAAAAACAACAAAACAAAUAAACACUGUUAAACAACGUACAACACUAAAAUAAAUAAAUUUUGAAUUUAUUUAUUACGAUUAAAAAAAAAACCAACAGGCAACGGAACAAAUUACAUCAACAAAUUUUUUAAUAAAACGUAGAAAAACUUUUUUUGGAACAAUUAAACACAAACGAGAAGAAAACACUCAAUAAUUAAAUAAAUUGAAGUACAAUACGUCAACAUAAAUAUUUUUCAGUUUACACUAUAACCAAUAUAUAGCGAAUUACUUUAAAUGUAAUAAAAAUCCCAACAUAUAAUUUAAAAGAUAUAAAUUAAACAUCUACAACUAUUUAAUUUAAAAAGAAGUUAAAAUUGCAAAUAGUUUUGGAAAAUAAAUAAUUAUAAAGCAAAAUUUUAAAAAUUGCUUAAACUAUCGAAAAUAGUAAGAUCCAACCCAAGUUAUAUACAUAUAUAAAACAAGCAUUCAAUUCUGAAGCCAAAGAAAUUUGUUUAGAUAAUACAAGCAAAAAAAAUUGAGAAGUAUAUACCAAAAAUGUUGGCAACAUAUGAAAAUGUUUCUCCCAACUUAAUGUUGUGGUCAAAUCUUACAGCUGUUAUAAGUGCACAUCUUAAACAUGCCUAAAUUUACAAGAACCAACGUUGCUAUUAGUAAAAACAUAUUUUACCAUCAUCGAAAGCUUCUUGUCCGUCAUUUCAGAUGCAAGUCGCUAAAUUAUAUCUAUCAACCUAAUAAACUAGUUGAUAUACUAAACAGCAUAUUAGCAACACCUGCACCAAAGAAUAUUGCUGACGCUGUAAAUUACAACAUAUAUAAUAAGCACCACAGCUUAGAAAGUCUUAUCCGCGGUAGUGUCAACAUAACCGGAAAAAAGAGCACCAACAGCAGUUAUCAGUUACUGCCCAGUUUCAUAGAAAUUGGUUUCUUUAUAACUGAAUGACCCGAUAUCCUGUUGCAAAAAUUAAGUGAACGGUAUGAAGUAUCCUCAGCUUGUAUCAACACGCGCUGUGAACGCCAUCUCUGAUUGGUUAGUAUCACGAUUGGAGCAAUUAGGCGUAGAGGCACCACAAAUCUAUACUAGGCUUCUUUUAUCUCUCUUACAAUCAUCUGUUCAAAUAAACGAUCCAAUCGAAUUCAGCAAUUUAGAAAAAUUUUUCAACAGUCGUAAGGGAAAUACAAAACGUUAUUUACCGUGUGACACAGAUACUUUAAAGAAAUUGAAUGCAAUUCAAUGUCUUAGAGAAAUUGUAUCUUCGGAACAUGAGAUUGUAACUAUUGAAGUUCUUGUUGAUGAGUUGUUUGAGAAAUUAAAGGAUAUUGAGAAGCAAUCGCCUAGUACAGAAAAUGUGGAUAAGUUAUUAGUUACAACUUUAUCUGUUGUUAACGAAAACCAACCAUCUCAAAGUAACCAACAGCUAUUAAUAGAACAUAACAGCAAUAACGUUCACUUAAAUAAACAAUACAACAAAGCAAUUCACGAAUUAGAUACAGUUGCUGCAAAAGAAGUUGCUAUCGAUAUAGAAACUGACCCAAAAAAAAGAUAUUAUAGGGCAUUUCCUGCUCUCACGAAGGAAAUGGAAGACUCCUUUCGAAUUUGGCGUCGUAAUGCAAAGUCCAUGACUUGGCCAGUUGAUCGAAAUAAUACUUCCAUAUCUUCAAGUAGCUCAAGUUCAACUCUUUCUACAUCUUUUGGGUCAAGAGGAUUUAUUAAAGGUUUUGAUAAGAAUACUGAUACUGAAAACCUUGAUAGAAAUAAAAAAUCGAAUGAAGAAUUAAAAUCGUUAAGCUUUAGAAACGAUAUUGUUACGGCAACAACUGCUAUUGGUGCUAAAAGAAAAUCAAAACGUCGAAGAAAUCAAGCAUUGUGUAAAGGUAAAACGAUUCAAAAUAUACGUAAAAAUUCUUCUAGUGCUAUUGUUGGUGACACUAGUGGAAACAUUGGAGGAAAAUAUUUUCGUAACUCCUCACCAACUUAUUGGGAUACAGAUUUUGAAGGUUGUUGGGAAAUGGGACGGGAUUUAAUUAAAGAAUUCCUAGUCAAACAAAACAUGGGUAACCGUAAUCGCAGUACUUCUGAAAGUGACGCAUACAAUGUGCGAAAUGUCAACAAAACAGAAAAUAAUUUCAUUGCUCGUAAAGAACCUAAAUCUAAUACUCUUGAGAAUAGGGAUAUUGUUUUAGAGAAACUUUCAAAUAAUUCAUCUCCUGUAAUGCCCAUCGUAGAUAUAUCAUUUUGUUGUGAAGAUGAUGCUGAUGAUACCCUUGCAUCACUUUCUGAACUUACUACUGAUUCACUUGGUGCGAUGCAAACAGAACCACGUCGUCUAUAUCAACGUGAUAUGCUUGGAAAAUCACGUACAAUCAACGACGAACAAUCAGAUUUUGAACAAUUCAAAGCAAAAUUUAAUAGUAAUGUUGAAGCAUUGUGGAAUGAUAUUGAACCUGAUGCUGCACCAGAUGAUAUUGAUUCAAAUAUUUUUUCAUUGCCUCCUUUGCCAAUGCAGACAUCAUCAUUGUCUGCCAUAGCACCUUUUACUGAAAAUCUGAAGAAUUUCUGGUCUAAUUACUACAAUCAAAACCUUGGUAUGCGCGGAAUUCCUGAACAACUGAACUUAUCAAAUUCCACAAUUGACACUAGUUUUUCUACUAAAGAUGAAAGUAGUACUAGCUUAUCAUUUAAUGGUUCUUCAUCAGGUUUAAAUAUCGAUGCUGCUAACACAAGUGAUUACUAUUCCAUGCCAGCAAAUUUAGAUAAUUUUGAUAAAUCUGUUGGAGGCGUUCGUCGCGAUUUCAUUGGAAGAGUUAAUGAAAAUCGUAAUACACCAGUUAAUAUGUUUUUACAAAAUACUAUUUGGUCUGAAGUGUCACAGUCUGGUACAGGAGAUACAGAUGAGAGUUUUUAUUUUAAAGUUUGGAAUUCUAACAAAAAGUGGAGUCAGAUGGAUGGAGUUCAUGACAACAAGAUACAUGCAAACGAAGGACCAAAAACUCUUGAUAACGCGUUUCAGUUUCCAUAUAAUAAUACUCGUAUUUAUAAAUGGUCAGAAGGCAUUAAUGCAGAACCAAAUCAACAGCAAUUUGAUUUACCCAAUAAUAACGCAGUCAUUGGUGCAAAAACUAUGAUGAACAAUAACGCGUUUCGUAGCAUGAACAAAGAUAUUGAUUGCACCGAUUCUAAUUUGGUGAAUUCUAGUCCACCAUCUUAUUCGCAUACAUCAAUGCCAUAUAAUUGGCAAUCACGCGAAUCCGGUUAUGAUCCCUGGAAACCAAAUCCAAUGACAGAAAUUUGUGAUGAAUUUCAAAAGAGCAAUGAAAAAGUUAUUCCACCUUUUGAUCGUGCAUCAGCCAAAAAUCAAAUCAAAGUGACUGAAACUAAUAUAUCAUUACCAAAUCAUUCAAAAUCUAGUGCAUUUGUGGACUACGCACGUGUAAAAGCAGUUGUUAAAACUAAUGUUGUAGAAAGUACCAGCAAUCGUAAUUGUCUACAGCAAAUGGAACAUCCAAAUGAGCGUUAUCCAGAUGAUGAGAAUUUAUUGACUUCAGAACGCACACACUUUCAUCCCAUUAAAACAUUUGCCGAUGGUCACGUGUUUGAUAUACCUGGUGACUUAGAUAUUAUUGAAUAUGAGCGUUCAUCGAGUGGAUAUUUGUAUUUGGAUAAUGAUAAAUAUCUGGAAUAUACGCGCAGUGAUAAUUUUAUGGCUGAAGAAGAUACAACUAAUUCCGCAACCUCUACAGCACCACUUUAUGCAAGUUCAAAUUGUGAUGCUGCUAAGGCAUUUGCUGGUAAUUUUAAUAAAAAAGAAAGUGAAUUUGUGCUUAAAUUUCGUUUGCGUACCACUGAUAUGGCAUGUCAAACCGAAAAUAAUGAAACUAAUCCAUUUGAUAUGAAUCAAAUUGAUAUCAAUAAUCUACAAGCCAUUGAACAACAUCCACUUUAUAUUAUAUUUUCUGGAGCUCAGAAAGGAGAUAAAUUACCGACUACAGAUUUCGGUUGCUACGAUGCUAUUAAUGCUUUAAAUAGAGCAGUUGCUGCUGCAGCUAAGGCAUCUUCUUCUUUACCAUUAGAAAGGCAUUGGCUUCCACACAAUUCAGCAACAUGUAGCUUCUAUCCGCAAUCUACAGUUUGGAAUGUGGCUCAGAAUGCACAAGAUAUUGAUGAUGAAUGCGACGAGGUUGAUUUCUGUUCGGGUGAUCUUUUACAUGAUGAGAAUUCCCAAUGUAGCGCAUUGUCACAGCAAUGGUCUAUGUACGAAAUAGGAAAACAAUGCAGAUCAAAAACACAUAAUGUUAUAGGAAACCCAAAUAGAAUUAAUAAUAAUGAAAAUGGUGUUGAUAUUAACGAUGCACAUACCCUUUGGGGAAUGUGUGCAGCUUGCAAUAAUGAAUACAGAUCUAUUCCGGCUAACCGCAUGUUACGCGAUGAACUUAAUGAGGAGGCAGAUGAGAUAAUGAGCGAUCUGAAAUAUAUGCAAGACUUGUACAUAGGAAGAGCAAGAAAUUCUGUUUCAAGUAACAGUGAUUGUGAGAUAGAUGAUGAUGAAUCUGCAAUUAAUUCAUACUCUUUCGAAUCAAAAAUAAAUUCAGAAACCAUGCUGACACAAGAAGAGUUCAAAGAAGAUGACAUUGAUGUGCAAAUGAAAGAAGAUUUCAACAAAUCUGUAAAAGGCGAACAAAUGCAAACUCAUGAUGUUUUACAGCAAGUUAAUCAACUUAUAGUUGAUUUACUACAUGCAGAUAAUAUGAGCGUUAAUAAGGAUUCUGUAGAAAACUCAAGCACUGUGUCUAGCAUGCAUAAGCAAUUUAGCGGCAGUCUAUGGUUUGAUGGCAAUAGCGAACGUAAUAUUUGGCAACCGGCUGAUAAUAAUGAUAUAUUUAAACCUAUUGAUUUGUUUAAACAUAUAAAUGAGCAAAAAGAAGAUCUUACUGCAUAUGCCGGAAAGAAACUCACAUGGGAACAUGACAAUUUAGCCGAAUUAUGGCGACAAAAAACUCCAGUUCAGCAAAUGGAAAAUGCUUCUGCUGAAAUAAAAUAUUCUUUUGAACCACCUAUUGAUAAUGCGAAAAAUUUUGUUUUAGAAAUUGAAAAUGAGAAUAAUUGCGAAGCAAUGCAAUUGUAUAUUUCGCAAAAUAACAUUAAAGUUGGUGAAAAUCAUGCUGAGAUGAUCGAUGAACAAAACUGUAAAAAAAAACAAAAUCGUAUGGAAGAGUUCUUUAAUACAAAUGUGAAGAGCUCACCAAACAAUUUCAAGAACGCUAACCGCAAGCGUAGACAUUCAGCUUCACAAAAUAUAUUUCAUCAUUUUCCGAAUGCAAUGUCAAUAUGCAAUAAUAACAAUGCUAACUUAGGCAAUUUGAAUAAAUUCAGUUUCAAAGAACCAAAUGAAUUAUUUGUGAACACCGUUUUUCAAUGUGAGGGCGAAGAUAAUGAUAUCGAUAUGCAGAAGAUUCUAAAUACGGCAAUGUGUGGCGUUCUAUCGAAGCAGAAAAAUAGAAUACAAAAUAAUAACGCAGAUACACAAAAUUACGAUAUUUUAAAUGACAACAUAGAUGAUGAUGCUGCAGGAAUUACUACAAAUAUGGAUACAUUUCGGCAACCCAAGCAAACUAUUAUUACAUGCAAAUAUUGGACCACAAUCGAGCCAAUUACAGAUAAAACUGAAGCAUUUGAUGAAGUCAACACAUUUUCUUGUUUGAUAGAUAAAAAUCAAUCUAUACUUAAUCAUGUAACUAUGGUAACAAGACCGCUUACACGUUGAGCAAGCCAAAAGUAAAAAAGUGAGAAAAAAGGUGAGAUAGUAUUACAUUAUGUGUAAUAUUAUAUUGAAUAACAAUUCAUGCUAUACUAACUCCCUAUAAAAGGUAUAAAAUAUACUAAUACAUUUUUACUUUGUACAUUUUUUGUUUUAAUUUUUUCUACG